AUGAAAAAGUUAGCCUAUUUAUUUUAUACGCUCUUCGUGAAGCUAGAGAAUGGCUUCGUCAGUUUUUGGGUGUUGAUGGCAUUCAAGAUUACUAUCAAGACUGUGGAACAGUGGGAAUUACGAACAUCGCUCCAGUCAAACCUGUAUUUUUUUGCUUCUAAAAGGUGCACCUCCCAACACUGUAUGAACCAAAUGGCGUUGUUAGGCUAUCAAGGAAGACAUCGCCAGUGGAACCAGGAUGUUAUGGCAUGCCUAAACAUGAGAAAAAUCCUUCUGCAUCACAGACAAGGACAUGUGAUACACAAUGUCCUUGGUGCUUCCCUCUGUAUCAAUCCCAACUGCUUCUCAGUCAAGUAUGAUUGUGCUAGUCAAGGCGGAGUAAAAAUGGCUGCCGUUUCUAUCUCCUUGGCUGGUAUCUCUGCAAUAUACAAUGGAUCUCCAAUCAAGCCCUUUAAUCCAAACCUCGGCAAGAAAGCUGAAUAUCUUUUACACCAACGAUAUCCUCUGGAGGAUCAGCAGUAUGGGAACAUGGAAAAUCUGUGAACAACAUUGUUUAUUACGUAUAAUACUUUUAGUCAUUUUCUUCAUCAUUGAUAUCAAAAAAUAAAAACAGUUCUAUUUGAUACUAUACGAUAUACCCGAUUAUAUAGCAUGUUGAUCAUUUUAAUAAAAAAAAAAGAAUAAUAAAGUAUAAUAAUACUAACGUG